UUGCCGCAUGGUUCUGAGCCAUUUGAAGUCAAAUCACCACGAAUCCCCGUCCCCGCCACCGGCUGGCCGGCCUUGAGGAUCGUCCUCGCAUAAACACGCAUAUUCUGAUCCACUAUUUAUCGAAGGAUCCGGUGUGCUUCUUUUCCUCCACAGCGGGCACGACCAAAUCAAUGGCCACCACCUGUACAGUGCUUUCCACAGCCAUCCUGGACGCCACCUCCGCUGUCGUCCAGGUCAUCCCCGAGCACAUCCGACACUACCUUUUGUCGACCCUGACCUCCCCCCUCGACCGUCUGUUCUCCCAGCACACCAUAGUCAUCGACGAGCUCGAUGGCAUCACCGUCAACAUGAUGUACAGGUCCGCCAAGAUCUACCUCGGCACCAAACUUUCCCCCGCCACCCGCCGUUACCGCGUCACGAAGCGCGACGACUCCGCCGCCCUAGACGUCACCAUGGAGAGAGGCGGGGACGUCGUCGAUGUCUUCGAAGAGGUGCACUUCCGGUGGCGACUCCUAUCUCGGGAUGCCAACUGCCCACGCUUCCACACCCACCGCCGCGGCCACUACUUCUAUGACUCCCACCCGUCGGAAGUCCGCUACUUCGAGCUAACCUUCCACAGGAAGCACAAGAACCUAGCCUUGCACUCCUACUUGCCUCACGUCCUGGACCAAUCCAAAACAAUCAAAGAGCAGUCCAAAACGCUGAAGCUUUACACCAACCACGGGAACAUGUGGUCGCCUGUAAAUCUCCACCAUCCCGCGACGUUCGACACCCUGGCGAUGGAUGACCAGCUGAAGAAGAAGGUGAUGGAUGACUUGGCCCGGUUCGUGAAGAGGAAGGAGUUCUAUAAGAGGACAGGGAAGGCCUGGAAGCGGGGUUACUUGUUGCACGGGCCGCCGGGGACCGGGAAGACCAGUUUGAUCGCAGCGAUGGCGAAUCAUCUGAAGUUCGACGUGUACGAUUUAGAGAUGACGGAGGUGAGAAACAAUUCGACGUUGAGAUCUCUGCUCGUCGGGACGGCCAACCGAUCCAUACUGGUGGUGGAGGAUAUCGACUGGUUGAUCGACUUGUGGAACAGGGAUGGAGAGAAGAAGGCAGUCAAGGAAACCAAGAAUUCCAAUGACGAAAUAGAAAAGGUGACAUUUUCUGGUCUGUUAAACUUAGUUGAUGGGCUGUGGUCAAGCUUUGGGGAAGAGAGGAUCGUUGUGUUCACUACCAAUGACAAGGAUCGGCUGGAGCCGGCACUGCUGCGGCCGGGCCGGCUGGAUGUGCACAUUCCGAUGGGUUACUGCACUCCCUCCGCGUUCAGGGUGCUGGCUUCCAACCACCAUCGUCUCCAUAACCACCCUCUCUUCGAGGAGAUCGAAGCAUUGAUCGAAGAGGUGGACGUCACACCAGCGGAAGUUGCGGGAGAGCUGAUGAACAGUGACGAGGCUGAAGUCGCUCUCCGAGGGCUCAUCAAGCUUAUCAAAACAAAGAAGAAACAAGUCGGUGCUCCACGCAUUAAAAAAAGGAAAAGGUAGUAGAAAAGAAAAAAGAUGGCUGUGGGGGAGAUUGUUGUUGAAUAUCAAAACUUAAUUUCAUGAGUUAUAUUUUGGUGUGGUAGCAGAAUUAUGCCAUAACAAAUAAAAUAAAUAUACGGAGUCAAGUCCCAAGAAAAUAUAGUAAAGUUAGUUCCUUGAUUGAUUCUUGGAACCCCUAAUAAAAGGUAACCAAACUUCAUAUUUUAUGAAGAGAAUA